AUGAAAAUCGUCCACGAGUACUUGCGCUCUGAGAUCUGUAUCGCACAAGCCCAGCACGAGAAGUACGCUAACAGGAAACGUAAACCUGCCCGCCAGUUCUUUGAAAACGACCUAGUGUGGCUUGACGCCCGGAAUAUCAAGACUGCCCGCCCGCAGAAAAAACUAGACUGGAAAUUCCUAGGACCCUACAGGGUCACUAAGGUCGUCAGCCCGUAUGCUUACCGCAUAGAGCUGCCUGCUUUAAUGAAGAUCCACCCUGUGUUCUACGUGAGCCUGCUCCGCCCAGCUGCGACUGACCCCCUGCCUGGGCAGCGACAAGACCCGCCCCCUCCUGUCGAAGUUGAGGGAGUUGAGGAGUGGGAGGUCGAGGAUAUCCUAGACUCCCGCUGGGACCGCCGCGGCCGUGGAGGCCGGCCCCGACUAAAGUAUAUAGUGAAGUGGGUUGGAUACGACGAGCCUACUGAAGUACUAGCCGACUACGUUGGGAACGCCUAA